AACUAGUUUUCGACUCAGGGCGGCUCCACCUUUGCCAUGUUGCUCUCCCCGUUGCCCAGGGUUACAGUAACGGUCCGCGCGCUGCACUUCAGUGUCAGGUUAAAGAUGGGAGACUCCGAUAUAAACAACUACGAUAUAUCGCGAUUACAGACCGAACUCGAACAGAAGAAAGAAAUCAGAGACAUGUUGAAGGAUUCUGUUUCUGAUCUGAGAAACACUUUGGCUGACUUGCAAGAGCGACUGAACAAUGUGGAUGGAGAAGGGAAUGAAUGGAGAACCAGAUAUGAGACCCAACUGGAACUAAAUGUGCAGCUGAAGAAGCAAAUCGGAUUUGUACAGGAGAGGCUGGAGGGUCUGCAAGGAAAUCCUAUGGAUCGUCUGGCUUCUAUUCGCUCGUUUGAUGAGAUGUCAGUGGAAACUUUAAGAGACCGUCUGAAACUCCUGAGCACAGAAAAGAGAAGCCUCGAGAGUCAACUGCUGGAAUGCAGGCUGAGGACUGACCAAGAAGGAAAGGCAUACCAAAAAGCCUACGAUGAAAGACGAUCUUAUCUUUCAGAGAUAGCAAAGGUGUCUUCUGGUUUGGAUUACUCCAGAAAGCAGCACCUUGCACCAAAACCCGCCCAAGGAAAAGGGAAUCCAGGGAAAAGAUCUCCUGGAACAGUUAAAGCAAAAAAAGGUCAAUCUACUACAUCCCCACUGACUCGACUGCCCAGACUGAAGCGCUGACCCACAGUGAGGACGACGGCAAAGGAACACCCGGCACGUCAUACUGAAUUUAAACAUCUUAGAUAGGCGACCUGUGUUAGAAAAGUGUUUGGAGAUUAACCAGAGCAAAAGCGCUUUAGUUAUAGAUUUUAUUAAAGCCAUAAUUGGCUUGUCUGGGGACAUCCAGGCCUUAGUGGGUUGAUGGUUUUGGUUUCCAAUGACCGUUACAUCAAUUUAUAUCAGUAUAAAUUUUGAAUAUUAUGUUAAUCAAGAUUGGAUUUGUGAUUUAAGUGUUUAAGUGUAUAACAUCAGUAAUAAUUUAAUAGCAAAGUGUGGCUGAUGUGUUAAUGUGAUUAAA